UUUGGUUCCCCCGCGUUCGGUGCCGGUGAAAAUCAGUCCCACACAUUUUCAAUAUGUCAGGCUGUAAGAAGCCACGAGCUGUAGCAAAUCCUCUGGAGUCAACCAUUACAACACCGAGUGAAAGAAUACUGAAAGAAUGUCACACUUUAUAUGUCGACAACGAGAACGGAUUGGUGAAAAUGGCAGAGAGUUUGGGAGUGAGGCUGUUACCUCCUCGGAAAAAGAUUAUAGUGAUGAUCAUGGGAAACCAUUCUGCCGGAAAAAGCUCAUUCAUUAACUGGUAUGUGGAGGAGCACAUACAGAAGACAGGUGUGGCCAUAGAGACACAAGGCUUCACAUUUAUAACCAGUGGAAGAAAACGAGAGUCACUGACAGGAAAUGCUACGUUACACCUCUACCCACAUUUCAGACCUCUACUGGAGUUCAAAGGUGUUACGGAUUACCUGGGUGCUGAGAUUUCCACCUCCAAACAGAAGAAAUUCAGCCUGGUGACGUUUGUGGACACUCCAGGGUUGGUGGAUGGAGAUAUGGUGUACCCUUUUGAUGUCAACAAUGCCAUCACCUCUUUUGGUGAGCAGGCGGACCUCAUCUUCGUGUUUUUUGACCCGAUGGGACAGGCAUUGUGCAAGCGUACACUGAACAUCGUUGAGCAGCUGAGUGAGAAGUGUGGAGACAAACUGCGCUUUUACCUGAGCAAAGCUGAUGAGGUUGGACGAGAAACGGACAGACAGCGAGUGAUGAUGCAGAUUGUCCAAGAGCUGUGCAGGAGACCUGGACUCAACAAAUGCGGCUUUGAAAUGCCGACGAUAUACAUCCCCAACCCUCAAAAACCCAACAGAUGCAUCAACCAGAUUGAUGAGGUGUGUGAGACUAUUGAGAAGAGCAUAAACCAGGCUGUGCAGAAAACACUCGACCAGCUGGAGAAAGACUGUAAUGUGGUCAUCUCUACCAUCAACCAAACACUGGAGCAGGAUCGGAUGAAUGUGAGCUGUAAUAGAAGCAAUCGUUUUAAUUCUUUCCUGUGUGGUGUUCUGGGAAUCUUCCUUCCAUCGCUCUUCAUCCUCAGCUUCCUCAUCAGCACUUUUGCUCCAGAGGAACUGGACACUCUUGUAGGAGAGGGAUUGGCUAAAACGCUCUACAUUUCCACAGGAGUAGUCGUGUAUUUGUGGGACUGGAUUCCUGAAGACUGGCAGAUAAUGUUUGUGAUCACCUUCGGUGCUCUGUGCUACUUCAUGCUCUUUCUGGCCAAGUAUUUUGCACGUCAGGGCAGCAAGACUCUUACUAAGAGAGAGAAGAAGAAACUGGCAGAGUGCAGUGAUUACAUCCAGGAUGUCGUCAAAUCCAAGAAGCGGAAACUGUAUGAGGAGUAUCUUCGCCAGUGUGCUGCAGAAUAUGAUUUCUGAAGGAAGCCGGCAUGACAGCUGUUGGUCAAAGUCGUCUGAAUAAUUCAUAUCAAGCACAUCCAUGUGUGAAAAUACUGAUGUUGUUUCAUAGUUACAUGAGUGAUAAUAACAAAUCUGUGCCUUUUUGUUAAAUGUGAAUAGUGUUGUGCAAAAUGUGAUAUACAAACAUGACCUCAAUAUUCUCUUACACCAGCUAGUUUUUCUAAUAUGAAGCAUUUUUUAUAAUCAGACCUACAACUGUUUAUAGCCAAUAAGCUGCAUUAUCACCCAAUGGAUGCUGAUUAUCUGAGACAUUAGCCUGCUUUCUGCUGCCUUCUUUUGAUCUCCAGGUGCACUGUGGGAGAAACCAAAGGUAUGAUUGCCCACCGAAUUCAACCUCAUGUUCUCUCUACUCAGUGUUUAUAAAGUGCUUUUUAUAUAGUAACACAGAAGAAUUUCUCCCAGCAGCCACAGAAGCAGCGCUCAACAAACUUUAGGUCUUCCUGUCAUUCAUAUGUACUGUUGCAUGUUUGUCUGUGUAUUUUAUGUGGUUUAUAUAUGAUUUUAAAAUGAUUGUAGUGGUUAUCAGUGAUUUGAAGUGAUGCUGCCUACAAAUGUUAAAAUUGUAGUUAUUUUUUAGGACAUUGUUUUAUGAAUACUAUGAACUUGCAUCAGUCAAACCAUUUUGGAAUAACUGGUUUUGAAGAUCCAAUUUUUUUUAACCGUCCAUACAUAAAGUAGCUACUUGUACAGGGUGGAAUCACGCACUGAUAUAUUUCUUUAUUUUAUUUUGUUUGGUUUUUCAGCUUUUUAAAUGUAAGUUUAAGAACAUGUCAAUUUAAAGGGAUAGUUCACCCAAAAAUGAAAAUCCUGUCAUCAUUUACUCACCCUCAAGUUGUUCCAAACCUGAGUUUCUUUCUUUUGUUGAACAUAAAAAGAUAUUUUGAAGAAUAUGGGUAACCAAACAGUUGAUGGACCCCAUUGACUUCCAUAGUAUGGAAAAAAAAAAAAAUACAAUGGAAGUCUAUGGGGACCAUCAACUGAAAGAAACUCAUACAGGUUUGAAACAACUUGCGGGUGAGUAAAUGAUGACAGAAUUUAAAUUUUUGGGUGAACUAUCCCUUUAAGAAACCAUAGCACUUCCAUGACUUUUAAAUGAAAAUGCCUUUACCUCAGUAUUGCAAAAACGCCUUUCUUAGGGCUGCAAUAAUAUUCAUAUUUCACGUUUUCACAGUGUAUGGCGUGCUUUUCUAAAUGGAUGUCAUUUUAAAUUUAACAUUUAAAUUGAGGCUUUAAAAUGUUUUUUUAGCUGUCUUACAGAGAAAAAAAGAAAAGUCUUCUUUAAUUGACUCAACACUUUGUAUUCCACUGUCUUAGAUUAUAAUAAAUAGCUUGCUUGUGUAAGUAUAUUUGAAAGAACAAAAAGUACAAUAAAAUGUUAUAGCAACAAA